GAUCAGCAGCCAUCCGAUCGAUGUUUUCCUCGCUGCGAGCGGUAGUCCGCAAAAACCGCCGCCCACCCGUCGUUGGCCCCCUCCCAUACGCACAUCGUCAGUCUGCCUCGCGAUAUCAGCAGCCAUCCGAUCGAUGUUUUCCUCGCUGCGAGCGGUGGUCCGCAACAAUCGCGAAAUCCGAUCGUCCCGCACUGCGGCCGCCCUCGCAAUCCCCAGCCAAACCCUAAACAUCAUUCGCCGGCAGCCAAUCCCCAGCCAAAUCCGAUCGUCUCCCGCCACCGGCAGCUCUGGGAUGGGGAGGUGAUCCCAUACGUGGACCUGCUGCACGUGUGCUAGGAGGCGAGCGCGGCCAGGACAUGAGACGGCCGCACGACGCCGUUCCUGCUGCCGCCCGCUGGUACGUCGCCGGCAGCGUUCCACCACCAGUCCGCCUCCUUCUCAAAUCCGGCAAUGUUCGAGCCUCUCCGGCGCUGGUCAGUACCUCGGGAAUCAGGGCACGUACAACGGUGCGUUGGCUGUCGUCUCGUGACUGGAAAUUUUGCCAAACCCCCCCAAGUCGCUACAGUUAAUGAAGAGAGAUAAGGUAGCCGUCAGCCCGUCACGUGGGGAGACGACGGCAAGCGCUCGUGCUCCCAGGCGAAGACGACGGCUGGCCGCGCGUUGUACGGGGCGUCAUCUCCUCGUCAACACCGCACGGAUCCAAAUCUCCCGAUUGUGCGCCAAAUCUUCCACCAUAUAUGUUUCGCUUUUGCCAUUUUCCCCCAGCUCGACAGUGUCCGCCACUCUUGCGUCCGUUCGUCGGGAGCUACCCCUUCCCUCUUCAGCGAUGGCUAGCAAGAUGGCAUCGGUUUCGAAGAGGAAGUCUGUGGUACCUUCGAAGAUCGAAGGGCGACGGGAGCGGCGGCGACGAGGGAGACGGUUGCGGCGGUGACGGGAGCGGCGGCGACGAGGGAGGCGGUUGCGGCGGCGACGGCAGCGGCAGCGAGCAGAGUUGCUCGUGGAAGCGGCGCGGCCCCAGCACGCAACCCUCUGCAGGUUCGAUUCGUCUCAAUCCAUGGCAGACGGCUUCGAUUCUUCACCACUCCAUGUCAAACGAGGCUACCCAGCUGGAGUUGGCGCUGUUGGCUCCUCACAUGGCAGAUAUGGUGGCUCCAUCGGUCCAAGAUCCCCUCCGUUUGCACUUCAAUCCAGUUGGGAUCCUGCAUGGGACAACAGCACACAUCCCCCUGGUGGAUUUAUGAGUUUAUUCGACAACCAACCCCAUUUAUCACAGAAUCCACAUUUUGUUGGUGCGCCAUCUCAUUAUGCACCUUUCAAGGCACCAAGGCCUGUCGAUUUUGGUGUCAGUUUUGCCUCAAUGGAUGCACCACAGCCUAACAAUGGUGGAAGUUCAUCUCAAGAAGUGGAAGUUUUAUCAGACCAGCAGGCUAUUGACGUUGAUAGCGAUACUGAGAAUGUGAGGACAGAGAGGCGGAUCAUGUGGACACCAGAAGAAGAUGAGAAAUUGAUGAGUGCUUGGUUGAAAAAUUCAACAGACUCAUCUGUUGGAGCCGAUAGGAACAACGAGCACUACUGGGGUGAUGUCGUUAACUCAUACAACAAGACUAUCCCGUCACAGAGGAAAAGAAAUUCAAAGCAAGCCAAGGAUCGAUGGCAACGCUAUGGCAACGCUACGGUGACAAAGGUGUUCCUACUAUGGUUCUUGAAGCAGUGGCAUCUCAUAAUCUUCGUAUAUGGCAUGCUUUUUUUUGGUACCGCUGGGUCUCAGAAGAACGACAUCAAUGUCCUAAACAAGUCACCACUGUUCAUCAAUGUCCUAAAAGGGAAGGCUCCAAGGGUAAAAUACACAGUAAAUGGAACACAGUAUGAUAUGGGCUACUAUCUCGCCAAUAAAAUAUAUCCGGAAUGGGCGGUUUUCGUGAAGACAAUAUCAGUGCCUCAGAUGGAUGAAGAUAAAUUAUUUGCAUUGAUGCAAGGAGCGAGGAAGGAUGUCGAAUGCGCAUUUGGUGUAUUGCAAUCCCGCUUUGAUAUUGUUCGUCGACCAGCAAGGUUGUGGAAGCAGGGGGAUGUUAUCAACAUAAUGCAAGCGUGUGUCAUCCUUCACAAUAUGGUAGUGGAGGAUGAGAAGGAUUUGGUCAAAGUUCCAUUGGAUUUGAAUGAGAAUGCGAGUGCUACGAUAGUGCUCCCACCUGAAGUGCGUACUAGCGAUAGCCCUAAUCCAUGCUUCGCGGAGGUGCUUAGAAUAAAUUUUGCUAUCCAAGCACGACCAACACAUAGACAACUCAGAAAUGAUCUAGUCGAGCACAUAUGGCAACGCUAUGGAAACAAAGAAAAUUAGAAUAAAUGUUUGAUUCAUUU